AUGCCUGUCACUGGCAAUCUCACUAGCAUGGCUCUUGCAACUCUUUAUUCUAAGCUCUCCAAGAGUUCAAACUCUUUGCAUAAUCAAGUUCCAAAGGAUACAGAGCUUCAAGACAAGCAGAUUUUUGAAGACCUCAAGACAGCAAUAAAGUCAAGACUCGGGGUUCAAUUUACAGACUUGGAUAAUCAGGGUCCUUUAAGCUUAGGCCACUUCGAUUUCAACAACAAGGAUGCUUCUACAUUUGCAGAGGGGACCCUUCACCCCACGUUGCAGAUGGGCGAUGUUGAACGCAUGUUAGCUAACACCGCAAAAAGUUUGAAGGGGUACAUUGUAUCAUUGAUGGAGGGCAUGGGUCUUGAGGCGUCUGUAGUCAAGAGUGCACAUGAUUCCCAUCCCGUGUUUGAGCCCUCUUGGGGGGCAGCCCUCAACUCUAUCUCCUCCGCAAUUUACCUCACAGCAUAUUGUCACUACUUGGACUGGUGCAACCACAAAUACGACAAACGCAAGUCGAUGCAUGUUGGCAUUCAACAACCCUCAGGCUCCGAGUCUACCAGUAGUACAACCAAUGCUACUUCACUCUCAUCCAUUCCAACAACUUCCUCCUCAUCUGAUCCGACAACUUGCACCUCGUCCAGCAUGACGUCGGCCUCUUCGUCUACUGGGUUAUCGUUCGAUGCGCAGCCUGAGCGCUCAGCGAAGAAAUCAAAGUUUCAGCCAGAAGGUGAAGGGUCUAAGGGAACCCCGAAGAAAGAGGCACAGAAAGUCCCAUCACCUAUAUUCCCAACAAAAACAGAGUCAGACUCAAACUGCGAAGACAGCGACAAUGAAUCUACUACUCACCCCAUCGACACCCGGUCUAGCGAUAAAUUUAAGGCCCAGCUUGUUUUGAACGCGACUCGAGCACAGCGAAAUGUUUGCCUUGCGGAGAAGACACUCGCAGAUUGCGUUGUCCAGCAGAAUAUAGUGCUUGGGAGACUCUACCAGUUUGAGGCUACAGAAGCUGGAAGGAAGUUGGAGGACGCUGAUAUCAACAUCGGUUAUGUACGUCAUUCAGUUCGCAAAAUCGGCAUCACAUUGCUCGAGGACUUUCCUACCAGUAAGCCUUGA